GCUGCUGUUGCUGGCGAUGAUCUUCGCAGAGCUUCAGCAGAGCACUGUGAUGGCGAGAAGGAAGCACCGGAUCCGCCAUAACGUGCAGCGGCGGCUGAAGCGGCAGCAGAGCAGUCAAGUGUACGCCUACUCGGCCGCGCAGGACUCGGGCCCCUGGGGCAUCUGGGGCACGCAGUCGCCCUGCUCUCGCUCCUGUGGCGGCGGCGUGGCCUUCCAGGUCCGGCGCUGCCAGGACGAGAGGCCAGAUGGCUCGUCGUCUUGCACUGGACCAAACAAGCAGUAUAUCUCCUGCAACAUUGAGCCCUGUCCCGGAGGGUCCGGUGACUUGAGGGAGGAGCAGUGUACCGAGUUCGACAGGCUGCCAUUUGAAGGACGCUACUACAAGUGGAUACCGUACCUGAAGGCGCCGAACCAGUGCGAGCUCAACUGUCAGCCGCAGGGCGAGCGCUUCUACUACCGGCACAAGAGGAGGGUCAUCGACGGCACCAGCUGCGGGCCCGAGGGCCUCGACGUCUGCGUCGAUGGACAGUGCAUGCAAGUGGGCUGCGACCGCAUGCUGGGCUCCACCGUGAAGGAGGACAGGUGCCGCGUGUGCGGCGGCGACGGCUCCGACUGCUACACCGCCCACGGUGUCUUCGACGCCGAGAACCUGCAGUCGGGCUACAACGACAUCCUGCUCAUUCCAAAGGGGGCCACGAACAUCAUCAUCGAGGAGAUCAAGGCAACGAACAACUAUCUAGCUAUCCGGAAUUCGACUGGUCAUUACUACCUGAACGGCAACUGGCGGAUCGACUACCCCACCACCAUGGAGUUCGCGGGCGGCAAGGUCCACUACGAGCGGAGGCCACUGGGCUUCUUCUCCCCAGAGACCGUGCGCGCCCUCGGCCCCACCAGCGAAGCCCUCUACGUGGUGCUGCUGUACCAGGAGCGUAACGCCGGCAUCCGGUACGAGUACAGCGUGCCGCGGACGGUGGCGGACGCCGGCAGCUCCGAGUACUCGUGGGUGACGUCCGCCUGGUCGCCCUGCUCCGAACAGUGCGGCGGAGGCAGCCACAGCCGCCAGCUGAGCUGCAUCAGGAAGCAGGACAUGCGGGAGGUAUCGCCCGACCUCUGCGACCUCCUGACCAAGCCCGAGGAGACCGAGAGCUGCAACCAGCAGCCCUGCCAGGCCAGCUGGAAGGUGGGCGAGUGGUCGGCCUGCUCGGCCGGCUGCGGCGCCGGCGGCGUCCAGUACCGCCAGGUCACCUGCGAGCAGAAGGUGCAGGAGUCCGUCAAGGCCGUGGUCGACGACGACCUGUGCGCGCGCACGCUGGGCACCCGGCCGGCGCACAUGCAGGAGUGCAACACCGACACGUCCGCCUGCCCCACCUUCCACGUCGGCGACUGGUCACCGUGUGGCAGUCUGUGCGGGGAGGACGAGAAGAGUCGCCAGGUACUGUGCCACCGCGUCACUGACACCAAGACAGAGCUUCUGGACGCUGCCGAGUGCGAGGGUGACAUGCCGAACGCCACUGAGCCCUGCAUGCUCAGACCCUGCGAGGGCGUCGACUGGAUCGCGUCCAGCUGGAGCGGGUGCGAGGAGAAGUGUGGCCUUGUGACGGAGACCAGGAGUGUGCAGUGCGUCAACAUGGAGGGCAAGGUGUACGCGGACGAAUACUGCCAGAGCGGCCGCCGGCCGGAGACCGAGCAGGAGUGCCUGACCACCACCGUCUGCCCGCACAGCUGGUAUGCCACCCAAUGGAGUGAGUGUUCGUCCUCGUGCGGACCGGGCGUGCAGACGCGCCGCGUGUUCUGCGCCUCCGUCAACGACGACGGCCUGAUCGUGCCCGGCGACGACGACCAGUGCGACCCUGCCAAGAAGUACGAGGCCUCGCAGCCGUGCGAGGGCGCUGAGGGCAACUCUGACGCCAGCUGGAUGUCCGGCCCCUGGGGACCGUGCUCCAAGUCUUGUGAGAAGGGCUCGCAGUCGCGCGAGGUGUUCUGCACGGACGGGCAGGAGAGGGUCGACAUCACGCUCUGCGACGACAAGCAGAUACCGUUCGCCCUGCAGGAAUGCAAUGACAUGGAAUGCGACGCUGCAGAGGAACUGAAGCAGCUGAAGGAGUUGGCGUCGCUGGCCUUCGACCCAAGUGCUCUGGACGACGAGUGUCCGUUGGACGGGGAAUUCGGACUGGACUUCCUGGGCAGCGGAUCGGGCGACGGGUCCGGAGACAUCUUUGGUUCCGGUGACGAGCUGGAUGUCAGUUUCAACGACCUGCUCGGCCGCGCCCUGGACGCUCAGGCUGCUGAUAGGGAGAAGGACUCCGAAGAGGCGUCGGGCAUGGAGGAUGCUUCCGAAGAAAAGGACUCAAAAUCGUCCGAAGAGGACUCCAGCUCGUCCGAGGAGGACUCGAGCUCGUCUGAGGAGGGAUCGGGCUCGUCCGAAGAGGAGUCUGGCAUGGGAGAGGAUAUGUCGGGGGCGAUGCCGGAGGAUAUGUCUGGAGAGAUGCAGGAUGUUAUGCCUGGGGAGGUGUCAGAGGAGACCUCUGGAGAUACUUCAGGAGAUAUGGCCGAAGGGAUCGAGGACAUGUCGGGCGAGGCACCUGUUGACGGCUCGUCUGAGGGCUCCGGCGAAAUGGGCAUGAAUAUGUCUGAGGAAGCGCUGAACGCGUCUGGCGAGUUUUCUGGUGACGCGUCCGGUGAUUUCGAGGAAAUUUCCGGAGCAGAGUCUGGCGAUUCGGUGGAGGAGAUGUCAUCCGGUGAUUCGGAUGGUAAGCUGCCAGCCUCGGCCACUGAAGAGUCCCGUGUUAAACGCCAGGUGUCUGGCGCUCCGGCACCAGACACGCCACCUGAGGUCGAGGCUGGCGAUGACCUGUCUGGAGACAUGUCCGGAGACAUGUCCGGAGACAUGUCCGGAGACAUAUCCGGGGAUGUGUUGGGAGAAGCGUCUGGUGACUUGUCGGACUUCAUGUCUGGAGAUAUGUCCGGAGACAUGUCUGGGGAUGAUGGUUCAGGAGAAGAUACGAUUGGGUCAGGAGAGGUGUCUGGAGACCUCCUUGACGACGAUGGCAUCAGCGGAGAAAUGACGGGCAGUGGCGAAGGCAGUGGGGACAUGAUGGAAAGCGGAGACAUGAUGGAAAGUGGGGACAUGUUGGAAAGCGGAGACAUGAUGGAAAGUGGGGACAUGGUGGAAAGCGGAGACAUGAUGGAAAGCGGAGAUAUGAUGGAAAGCGGAGACAUGAUGGAAAGCGGGGACAUGAUGGAAAGCGGAGACAUGAUGGAAAGCGGGGACAUGAUAGAAAGCGGAGACAUGAUGGAAAGCGGAGAGAUGAUAGAAAGCGGAGACAUGAUAGACAGCGACGACGUGUCUGAAAGCGGAGACAUGAGCGGAGAGGAUGAAGAAAGCGGGGACGCGAGUGGAGAUGACAUGAUGCAGAGUGGAGAAAUGCCAGUGUCCGGAGAUGACAUUGAUGAGCAGACAAGCGGAGAGGACGAGUCGGGCUCCGCUGUGGACUCGGACGAAAGCGGAGACCUUCCGGAUGAUUCGCCGGAGGAGAGCAGCGAGGAGGAGGGAUCCUCCGACGCGAGUGGCGAGUCCGGUGACGACAGCGAUGAGGACAUGCUGGACGGGAUGGACGAAAUGGCCGGCAGCGGUGACCAACUGAUGGACGGAAGCGCAGAAAAAGACGACGACAUGAUGAUGGGCUCUGGAGACAUAUCGGGAGAAGGCUCAGCGGAUGCCUCAGGAUCUGGAGACUUUGACGACCUUGAGCUUCUGCCACGCUUCGGUGAGAAGGAGGAGCAAAAGUCCAAGAAGAAGUGCGUGCCUCGGCCUGUUCGCAUCCUGUGCGAGGCGACCGACUUCGGGUGCUGCCCGGAUGGGCUGACUGCCGCCGCCGGCCCCUUCCUCAAGGACUGCCCGCCGCUGGACAACUGCCAGAAGACCAAGUUCGGCUGCUGUCCGGACCGCGUGACGCCAGCACAGUCGGAGGACGAGAGCGAGUGUCCGCCGGUGGCCGACUGCAGCCGCUCGCUGUUCGGCUGCUGCCCUGACGAGUUCAGCGAACUCUCCGGGCCCGAGGCAGACAACUGUCCCAACGUCACCCGAGAGUGCGAGAUCAGCAAGUUCGGAUGCUGCUCCGAGUCGGACGACCCAGCUGAGGGUCCGUUCGACAAGGGCUGCCCGGAGAAGGACACCGAGGCGCCGGCUGUCGAUGAUGAGGACAAGAAAAUGGAUGACGCCAAAAACUGCACAGACACACCGCACGGCUGCUGCGCGGACGGCACCACGGCCGCGUCUGGCCCCAACGGCGAGGGAUGUCCGGCAGCCUGCCUCAGCUCCGAGUUCGGCUGCUGUCCCAACGGCUUCUACCCGGCGCACGGCCCCAACCAGGAGGGCUGCUGCCUCAACACCAAGUUCGGCUGCUGUCCCGACAACAUCACGCCGGCCAGUGGGACGGAUCUGGAGGGCUGCGGUUGCGAGUACUCGGCGUUCGGCUGCUGCCCCGAUAACCGGACGCUGGCGCGCGGCGAGGCGCUGGAGGGCUGCGGCUGCCGCUACACCGAGCACGGCUGCUGUCCGGACGGCUACACACCGGCUGCCGGGCCCGACAGCCUCGGCUGCGGUUGCCACACCUUCCCAUACGGCUGCUGCCCCGACGGCCAGACCGUCGCUCGUGGCCCCAACCAGGAGGAGUGCGGCUGCGACUACGCCGAGUUCGGCUGCUGUCCGGACCGACGCACGCAAGCCAGCGGGCCGGGCUACGCCGGCUGCGGCUGCGAGUCGUACCCGUACGGCUGCUGUCCGGACGGCGAAACAGAGGCCACCGGACCCAAGUUCGAAGGCUGCGACGACAAACCCAAGGAGCCGGCAGAGAUCUGCGGCAUGCCCAAGGAGCGUGGCUCCUGCCGCAACUUCACCGUGCGCUGGUUCUUCGACAUGGAGUACGGCGGCUGCUCGCGCUUCUGGUUCGGCGGCUGCGACGGCAAUGACAACAGCUUUGAGACUCAGGAGGACUGCAAGGCACUCUGCGUGGAGCCCGAAGGCAUGGAGGCGUGCCAGCUGCCGGUGGUGAAGGGCGCCUGUGACGGCUACUAUCCGUCUUGGUACUACAACCGCGAGCGCAGCCGGUGCGAGCCGUUCGUCUACGGCGGCUGUCUGGGCAACGGCAAUCGUUUCGCCACGGUCGAGGAGUGCGAGAACGUCUGCGUCGUGCCUGACACCCUGGAUCCGUGCGAACAACAGGUCAUGCCUGGGCCGUGCCAGGGCAACAUCUCGCGCUGGCACUUCGACAAGGAGUCUUCCUCGUGCAAGGAGUUCAUCUACGGAGGGUGCAAGGCCAAUGAGAACAACUUCCUCACCAAGGAGGAGUGCACGCACCGUUGCGCCAGGGCCGGCCGGAAAGCCAUCUGCUCCCAGCCGCGUGCCGAGGGCUCGUGCGGAGAGUCGCUGCCGCGCUGGUACUUCGACUACCAGGAGAGCCGCUGCUCGCCGUUCUACUACACCGGCUGCGGCGGCAGUCUGAACCAGUUCGACAGCGAGGAGGAGUGCGAGGAGUCGUGCCCCUCACACGUCUACGCGGCCGAGGCCUGCACGGAGAAGCAGGACCCAGGUCCCUGCGCCAACUACACCAUCCGCUACUCGUACGACCUGCAGGACGGCCGCUGCAAGCCGUUCUACUACGGCGGCUGCGACGGCAACCGGAACAACUUCCGCUCGGAUGAGGAGUGCCGCGACAAGUGCGAGGUCCGCAAGAUCGAGACGGAGCGACCCCAGUUCCGCACGGAGUCGUGUUUCCUGCCGGGCGACGCCGGCUCGUGCGGCACCGCCUCCUCCCCCGAGGCGCUCUGGUACUACGACGCUCGGGUGGGCGUUUGCACCCAGUUCCUCUACAGCGGCUGCGGCGGCAACGAAAACCGGUUCCGGACGCGCGACGAGUGCCGCCAGCGCUGCGGCGCGGCUCAGGAUGUUUGCACCCUGCCGCGUGUGGUGGGCCGCUGCUCCGGCUCCCUGCGCCAGUACUACUUCGACGCGCAGCGCGGCCGCUGCCUCGAGUUCGACUACAGCGGCUGUGAAGGCAACGACAACAAGUUUGACAGCCUGCAGGAGUGCGCGAGUCGCUGCGGUGGCCCUGCGGAGGAGCCGCGGCCCGAGCCCGAGCUAGAGACGAGGGACAGACGGCCCGAGCAGGCCACGCCGCCGCCCGAACAGAGGCCCGAGACGAGGGACAGACGGCCCGAACAGGCCACGCCGGCUCCCGAACAGAGGCCGGAGACGAGGGGCAGACGGCCCGAGCAGGCCACGCCAGCUCCCGAACAGAGGCCGGAGCAGGAGCAAGAUCUGCCGCCGGUGUGUGCCCAGCGGUACGACCCGGGCCCGUGUCGGACGCCCGUCAGCGCCUGGUUCUACAGCGCCGGCAUGAAGCUGUGCAGGCAGUUCACGUACGGCGGCUGCCGCGGCAAUGACAACAAGUUUGUCAGCCAGGAGCAGUGCAAGCGCACGUGUGCUGAGUACCGCGGACAGGACGCCUGCAGCAUCCCACCGUCCCCGGGCGACUGCGGCGGCAGCGAGACCAAGUGGUACUUCGACUACCGCGACGACACCUGCCGGCCCUUCGUCUACACCGGCUGCGGUGGCAACGUCAACAGGUUCUCCACGGAAGAGGAAUGUCAAUCACUCUGCGUAGACGGCAGCGAGCAGAUGGUUCCAGAUCUGGAGUCUGAGAAGGAUACAAGCAUGAUCGAAACAAAGGCCGGACCGGCACCAGAAGCCAGCACUCCUGAGAGUCCGAUCGCAACGACGGCGGCCCCCACGGAGGAGGCGGCCCCCCAACCGGUCACCACCGGCGCCCCGGUCGACUGCUCGCCCCACCAGCAGCAGUGUCAGACGCUGCGGCGCGACGAGGAGGGUGGUCUGCUCGUCAGCGCCGUCUGCCGUCCCGGAAACAAGACUGGCGAAUGCACAUCACCGAACACAGUGGAUGAAUGCGGCGAUGCCAGAGACGGCUGCAGGGAUGAUGCAGAUUGCCGGAACAACCUCAAGUGCUGCUCGGACGGCUGCUCCCUGCGCUGUCUGCCGCCGGACGGUGAGACGGAGGUCAUCGUCAAGGAGACCAGCGUCCUGCCCUCCACCACCACCACCAUGACCCCGGUUACCGAAGCAGAGGCGACUGACAUGUGGCCCGAUGCCACGUUCAUGCCCACCGAGCUGCCAUACCCGGUGCCAACUGCUGCUACGCAGCGGCCUUACCCGACGUACCCACCGUACCCGACGUACCCGCCGAGCCCCAGGCCUCCUGUACAGCCCCCCAGGGGCCGGGAAGGGUCUCCAGCCCGCAUCGUUCAGUCGGAGCCCGAGGUGGAAGUUCACGAGGGAGAGCUGGCUGUUCUGAGCUGCAUCGCGCAGGGCGAGCCAGAGCCAGUCAUCACCUGGACUCACGGUGCCAGGAGGGUGGACACGAGCCGCGGCCGAUUCCGUCUCGAGAGGAACGGCACGCUGGUGAUCGUGGGCGUCGAGCGGGACGACGGCGGCGAGUACACGUGCACAGCCGACAACGGCCUGGCUGCGCCCGCCCGCACGACCGUCGCGGUCAACGUGCUCGGUGAGCUGGCGCACCGACGUGUGGCGGCCGUCGUCAGAGUGGUGCCAUGCUUGCAUGCAGUCGGUUACUGGGCU